AUGCCUCAUAGAUUUUUAAGAGAUAGUUUUGCAGGGAGGAUAGUUUAUCAUUUAUCAGGACACAAAUAUUUCAAACAUCCAGAAGAAGAGGAUGAUUAUGUGAUACCUGAAAAAUAUUAUAAGGACUACCAAUCAGAAAAAAACAAAGGUGAUGAUUUGAAUGCAAAUGAUUCUGAUGAAACAAUUGAAAACCAUACAAGUAAUAACAAGGAAAAAGAUUAUGAAGAAGAAGAUAAGCAUUUAAUAAUUGUUGACUGGGAGGGACCAAAUGAUCCUGAUAAUCCAAAGAAUUGGCCAACAUUUGAAAGAUGUUUUUUUAUAUUAGAAGUUGCAUUUUUAACUACAUCAGUUUAUAUGGCAUCAGCUAUUUAUACUCCAGGUAUAUUAGAAAUUAGAAAAGAAUUUCAUGUUGGUCAACCAGUAGCAAAUUUAGGAGUUUUUGCAUUUGUAUUUGCUUAUGGUUUAGGACCAAUAGUUUGGUCACCAAUGUCUGAAAAUGCAAUAUUUGGUAGAUCAUCAAUUUAUAUUGUUACAUUAUUUAUAUUUGUUAUUUUACAAAUUCCAACUGCUUUAGUUGAUAAUAUUGCAGGAUUUGUUAUAUUACGUUUCUUAGCUGGAUUUUUUGCAAGUCCAUGUUUAGCAACUGGUGCUGCAAGUGUUGGAGAUGUUACUAAAGAUUUAUAUUUACCAGCUGCAUUAGCAACUUGGAGUAUUGGAGCAGUUGCCGGACCUUCAAUGGGUCCAUUUUUUGGAGCUAUAUUAUCUGUUAAAGGAGGUUGGAGAUGGUGUUUUUGGUUCAUGUUAAUAGUAUCUGGUGCUACAAUGGUUGUAUUAUUUUUCUUUUUACCAGAAACUUAUGGACCUACAUUAUUAGCUAGAAAAGCUAAAAGAUUACGAGCAAGGACGGGAAAUGAUAGAAUUACAAGUGCAGGGAUUUUAGAAAACGAAAGAAGAACUAAAAGAGAAAUUAUGAUUGAAACAUUUUGGAGACCAAUUGAAGUCACAAUUUUAGAGCCUGUUGUAUUUUUAAUUGAUAUGUACAUUGCAAUGGUGUAUAGUGUGUUGUAUUUGUUUUUUGAAGUGUUUCCAAUAUAUUUUGUUGAAACUAAAGGUUUUACUAUUAUUGAAUUAGGAGUUUCAUAUUUAUCAUUAUUAGUUGGUGUUUUAAUUGCUUGUUCAAUUUAUAUUCCUGUGAUUCAUCAUAAGUUUACAGUACCACUUAAAAAAGGUGAAAAAUUAUAUCCAGAAGUAUUUAUACCUAUAGCAAUAGUUGGAGGUACAUUUUUUGCGGGAGGAUUAUUCAUAUUUGGAUGGUCAGCUACUACAUAUACACAUUGGGUUGGUCCAUUAUUUGGAGUAAUGUGUACUUCUGCGGGAACUUUUUUAAUGUUUCAAACUUUGUUCAAUUAUUUAGGUGCUUCAUUUAAAAGUGAAUAUGCUGCAUCUGUAUAUGCUUCGAACGAUUUAGUGAGGUCAACAAUUGCUGCAGCAUUUCCCAUUUUUGGUGCGCUGAUUUUCAACAACACAAGAAUUCAUAAGUUCCCAGUGGCAUGGGGGUCGAGUAUAUUGGGCUUCAUUGCAACUGCUAUGAUUGCUAUACCAAUUUUAUUUUAUUUGAAUGGACCAAAACUUAGAGCUAGAUCUAAAUACGCUAGGUAG